AAAAAAUUAUCUGUGAUUAAAAUGUGUGGCACAGGUCUCUUGUGUGAAAAGGGGAAUUCAGCUCAGUCUGUAAAAUUACAGUUCUGUCCAACACCACAGCAUAACUUGAUACUGUUGUUACAGUUUGAUCCUGUUUUAAUUCAUAUUCAUAUAUAAUUCAUAUGAGCUGAGCUCUGCUCAGUUCAGCAUUUUUUUCUUUUUAUUGUUAAGCUCAGUUGUGAAUACUGUUUUAAUUGUAAAGGAUUUGAGGUUUUGCAAAUUAAAUUCAUUCAGUCAGUGUGUUUUAUAAUUGUGCAAAGCAAGACACUGACAGCUUGUACUGUUUGCAUCAUAGUUUACUAAAAGUAAACAACAUGGACUGAUUCUAACAUUUUAAUCUCAUUUGGAUGAGAAAGUAAUGAUAUUGCAACACACUGUGCUGUUUGAUUUGUUAUAACAGUAAAUACAGAAUGUUGCUUCAUUCAAUUUUUCUACAGGGAACAUAAACACACAACAUGUCAUCAAAUAGUUAACUGUGCAGCAGCUAACAGCCGUAUGUGCCGCAGGGAGGAAAGUCCAGCAUUACUGCUUUGGGUAUUUACAAGAGGUCACAGAGAUGUUACAGAGGUUUGUGACUAUGGCAAGAUAUUUAAUUUCAGAGUUUGCUGCCUUAAUUAAUUUUGCAUCUUGAAUUGCAGUGCUUUAGGGUUAGGGUUAGGCAUUAUUCCACAUGCAGCAAGUCAAACCAAAUGAUUUAACAUCAAUAGUCAAAGACAAAAUUAAAGAAAACACAAAUAUAGCAUGUCCAAAUAUGUGUUUGUAUUUAAAUUAGAACAGAAUUUAAUCCUCCUUUUGCCUUCCAUGCAGUCAGUAAAAGAUGUUGCCACAUGUAACAAGCCUGAAUAGAUCGAUUUCAGAUUCAUAUUUUAGACUUUAAAGUUAGUAUAACUGAGCAAGAGGAUUUGACUAUCGAGCUUUGAGAGGCGAUUUCCUGAGGGUAAUCAUUUUAAGCAUAUAAUUGGAUAUGAAAAUCCUGAAAACCAAACGAAGUCAUUUCAUGGUGGCAGUGUUACUAAAGCUUUACUGUACCCAGUGACCUGAGGCAAGCGCACUCUUAACUGGAUCAGCCACAAAAGCUGUUCAUUUAGGAAGCUCUUCUCUGAAACUCAGCACUUAAACCUCACGGUCAUCAUUUCAUUUUAAAUCCACUGUGCUUCAACACGGAGCCAAAAUAAUGCUGUUGCAGGAGGCGCAGACUACACAGAUUAUGCACAUGAAUUUCUAGAAUAUUAAAAGAACAUUUUCUAGAUAUCUUUUGAUAUUAGCCUGCGCCAACUGAAGGCAAUGUCAAUCAGUUGGUUGGUCCACUAUGUCCAGACACAAGUAUCUGAUCAACUGUCAGAUCAGAUACUCAGAACACAAACAUUCAUGCUUCCUAGAGGAUGAAUUCUUUUGACUUUUCAUCUUUCAUUCAUCUGAUCAGGUCAAAUUUUUCACUUUUCCAAGAAAUUCCUCAUGUUCCUCUCAGUCCUGCAUUACUGAGCUGUACUUUCUAACUAAUAUGUGAUCAUGGGAAAAAUUAUACCUGCUAACAUCAACAAAUUAGCAAUGUCAUUUUGAGCUCAUAAGUGUGCUGACCAAUGACAAAAAGCACAGCUGUGCCUUAAACUGCAGCCUCACAGAGCAGCCAGGCUGUAGACUCAUGUUUACCUAAAAGUAGAAUUUAAAGACCCUCCCAGUCAUGUUUGAAGACUCUACUUUGAAUAAUAGUUUGUGAUUGAUUCGGUUUUUCCAUAAAAAAGUUUAAUCAUCUGGAUAUAAAUUCCAAAUUGACCUCUAUGCUUCCUCCAUGAUCGAAAAAUCCAGAAUCUAUAAAUAUACAAUUAUUUUACUUUCAUUUCAAAAAUCUAUUCUCAGUGUAUAUGCAAGUCAGAAUUUUCCACAUCACACCAGGACUGGCUUCCAGACUAGUUGUGAUGUCUGGAAUAAUACUUGCAGGUGGACACUUUAAACUCAGAGUUUAGGUGAGCACAGAAAAACUUUCCCUUUAGCAGACAAAAGGGAAAAGAGAGGGCAAACUCUGCACAGACAUCAUUCUGCACAGCCAAGGCUAAACAUCCAAUAUAAAGACUAAAACACAUUUUUUGAGUAGAAGGACGCUUUGAAUAAACCUUUAUUCUAAAGUAAUCUACUGCAGCAAUUAUUUCAUCUGGGAAAACAAGUUACCGUCCACAUGAUAAAUAGUGCAGAGACUGACAGAGAAUUCGUUCAGGUAUAUGCUGCCUUUUCUGCUUUGUAUUAUUCAUAGCAUGACUUCUACCACAGCUUAUACCAUACUGUUUGGCAGCAGGCUAUAGAUAUGUUGAUCUGACUGUGCUGUAGCAUUACAGGACCAGUCACUCAGACUACAGGGACCACAUAUGUAAUCAACCACAGGCCAAGUUAAAUCUUGCUUGGAAAGCAGAGUCAAACAGCCUGCAAUCUAUGCCUUACUGUAACAUGGAAUAUGUCUUAGAUUUAUUUGGCACAUUUACAAAACCCUUGAGGAUUAGGUUACAUAAUGCUGCUCACCAUGUACAUUACUGUUUACUCCUUUGCUCUGGACUCAUCAACAUUUACUCAGCAUUUCUAUCUGAGAAUAUGUGUUUCAAUUUCCAUUUCAAUUUCAAUGUCUUUGCUGUUUAAUGACCUCAGCCUGGUUCAGGGAGAUUCUUGUAUAUUGACAAGGCCAGAUCUGUGAUCUGUCCUGCAAUGUGUUGUCCACUGUUUCCAAUCAAAUCUGAGGGCAGGGGUCUCACUUGAGUGCUAUAGCCUCUGCUCCCUGGGGUAAACAAAGAGGAUGGGAUGUGACCCGUGUGCCAGACACGAUCAAAGCCGUGCACACAGGCCAAGGCCAUCGGGGGCAUAACUCAACAAAUGCCCAAGAGAGAAUGGAUGCAUUUUACCCCCUCUCAUACUGUAACAGAGUCACCUCUCAUUAGUACAAUGUAAUAUCGCUCUCUGACUCUAUUUCCAUCUCCGUCUCUUUCAUUCAGUAUGUGUUGCUUUUACAACAUAAAAGGCAUAAAGAAAAGGAAAAUAUUCUAAAAUAGUUGAAUAAAUACAAUGAAGUGUGAACUGAAAACGAGAGUUUAAGAGUGCAUGAGAGAUGUUUGGAGAGGUAAGGAACACAGGGUGAGAGGAUGAGUGGAGGUUGGAGAGACACGUCAGAAGGCGAACGUGGGAGGAAAGGACGAGAGAGGAGAGUAAAAUACUGCUGUGGACGUUACCUUGAAGCUCUAGGGGAAGAGUGUGUGCAUGUGAUAAAGACUGCAAGCCGUGCUUAGUGCGAGAAGGGGGUGGGGGGUGGGGGGUAGUGAAGUGGGGACUGGAGGUUGAGCGCUCCACAGAACGAGAGAGAGGCGGAGGAGGGAGAGGGGAGAGGCUGAAUCACAGGGACAGAGAGCUGGAGAGAGUGAGAGGCUUUGUGCUUUAUGUGUGCCUCUCAGGAGAAUGAAUGAUGAGAGGACUACAGCUCCACUUUCUUCUUCACUAGAGGAUUUUUAACUGGAUUUUACUUCCACUAAGUCAGCGUCAUAACACUGGAUUGUUUUCCUAUUGUCAACCUCUGUCUGCAUAACUACUCUGUGGUCAAUGACAGUGGAGAUGCCGGACAGUUUCUCAUCCCAGGACAUGGUCUCCUGAGAAGCCCUACCACUGACACAUCACAAAGAUAAAUGAGUCUAUCCUGCGCCAUGACUGCUCUGCUUCCCAACAUCAGCGUCCCCGGGAGUACAGCUGUCCUGGUGGCGACCACAGACGGUCCUUUUAACCUGACUGCAGCUGCUCAGGCAGGACUCGGCUCAGGCCAAUCACUAGCCCCUCUCUGUACCCUCUGUUGCUGUGGGUUUGUUAAUCGCACCUUGGCAGUGGUGUUCAUGGUCAGCCUGGCAUUUGCCAUCGUGGUAGGGAAUGUGGUCACGCUUACUGUCUUUGUGCAAACAAGGCAAUCGAGAACGCCGCAGGGAUAUUUGAAAGUGUCUCUGGCCAUAGCAGACAUGAUGGUCGGUGUCCUCGUGGUCCCUUUCUCCGUCUACACUGAAAUCUCUCUGAUGGUGACGAGUGCUCCUCCCAUUUGGUACCAGGGUAGUUCUACUUCCCCGGCCUCCUCCUCCGCCCUCGGUGGACUAGUGAGCCCCUGGCAGCCCUGCAUGCUGAUUGGUCCCGUGUUCGCCGGCUGCACUUUUGUCUCCAUCAGCACCAUCUUCCUCAUGACCUUGGAGCGAAGUGUGGCCAUCCUACGGCCACUCCACAAGGACGCCUUGGUGACCCGGAGACGAACUCUGCUCUUCAUCCUGCUCUCUUGGGCUGCCAGCUUCCUGCUGGCUCUCGCGCCUCUCAUCUUCAGCAGUAACUUCACUUUGGAGUACAACGAGUGCAGUCGUAUGUGUAACUACACCCCGCUACUGUUUGGAGGCCAGCUGCCACCUGAUGCCAACAUUUUGCUGUUAUUCCCGGCAUUUGACUUCACACUGCUCGGUGGCACGUUAAUAGUUAACAUUGUGUCUUUCACUAGCAUUCGACGGUACUCCCGCAAACGCAAACUGCUCUCAGAGGGGAGUCUGAGUGAUGGAGGUGGAGGUGGAGGAGGGGGAGGGGGAGGGUGCCCCCACAGGCCCUCCUUCUCAGACAUUAAAGCUGCCAAGACAAUUGGCAUACUAACAUUUGCCUUCACAGCAUCCUUCUCUCCCAUCGCAGUGUUUGUGCUCGGGAACGUGGUGGGAUACACCUGGUGUAACUUUUCCUUUUUUGCCUUCUGGAUCCUCACAGGAAACAGCUGCUGCAAUGUUAUCAUCUACAGCGUCAGGGACCACCGCUUCAGGAAGGGUGUGACCCUGCUCUUUCAGCGAGACCAGUCCCCCCCACAUGGCGAGAAGACUUGAGGGACACAUCAAUUCAUUCAGUAGCAACAAGCUUAUGUUUUGUGGCUGUUCCAGUAAAUUUGACUUUUGCAGAGCAGGCUCAUUCACUAAAGCCCACAUCCCAAACUAUUUCUGUAAUUUAAAUGUAAACUCCAUGUGAAAUGACACAAUUUAAAUUUUUGACCUCCAAGUCACAUUUAUUCGUUAUCUAUGCAUUGCAUGAAAAAACAGCUUUCAGGAUUGGACUAAACACAUAUACUACAGGUCUUGAGGGAAAGGGCCAUUGGCUGAAUAAACUGCAUCCUCUCACCUGGUCUCCUUGUAUCGCCUUCCUCUAUCAUCAAACCUCUUUCCUGAAGCACUACAAAUGAGAGGGCUUUUAUGAGCCCUUCACUAACUUCAGGAUCAAACCUACUGUGUCUCCAGGGGGUGCACAGGCAACCACAAGAACCACAGAGUUCAUGUUUUAUAGUGGGUUUAUCAUUUAUCAAUUUAUAAGGGGUGACAAAUUUGUGUGUUUAGAAAUCUUGCCACUGCCUCCUCUUUGGAAUAAUGUGGAUUACAAAUGUUUUGAUUAAGGGAACACAUACAUUUAUUUUUGAGCAUCUAUAAUCUGCCUCAAGUAUCAGAAAUGCACUUUAUUAGUUACUGUGUGAGCCAUUUGCAUUGUGCCAUGUGUCAGCUAAUGUUAAUUUUGUACAAAUUUUUAUUUUUGGCAUUUUAUAAUACUGGUUAUUUUUUGUCUGAGCAAAUGUGAAUUAAAGAGAAUGAUCUGUAUAUUUAUUAAAUCCAUAUAGACUAAAUGAAUGGGAUGCCAAACACAGAGAUUUAGUAUGAAAAGCAUUAUGAUUAUAGCAGACCCUCAUACUGUGCUGGCCUAUCUUUUCAGGGUAUAAUGUAUUUGUAACAUGAAAUGAUCUCAUCAGUGUGUCAGCUAUUGCAAGUCUUGUGUAUUGUUUGGAAAUCUGUAUUGUUCAAAUUUGAUAAUAAUAUAUAUAAAUGAGGCUGAAGAGCAUUUCACAGCAUUAAAUGCCUAUAUUUUCAUUCAUGAUCUUUUUUUUUUUUUUCAUUUCAUGUCAUUGGUAAUGAUUGACAAACCUUUGAUAUGGUAACAAUUCAGCAACCACAUCAACAAAAGGGGGAAUCUAAUAAUAAAGAAGUUGUUUUUCUUGCUAUUACUUGCUCUAAAUUGUUUCCAGAUUUAUUUUGUGAAUAUAUAAACAUUAUUCCUACAGUAAAAGAUAGUAAAAGACAAAAACAUUUUGUCCUGUUUACCAUGAAGUGCCCAUUAAAGGAAUAGUUUGAUGUUUUGUAAAAUGUGCUUAUUUGCUCUUGCCGAGAGUUUAAUGAGAAGAUUGACAUCAGAGUGAUAUCUGCCCAUUACAUAUGAAGCAAUUAGCUUAGCAUAAAGACUAGAAACAAAGAGCUAGCCUGGCUCUGUCAGUAGGUGAAAAAAAAAGCUAAAGCUCACUGAUUAAUAUGUAAUAUCUCAUUUAUUUAAUCCUUUCAAAACUAAAAGUAUAUUGCAGCAACUUCUUUGAAGUCAUAACUUCACAUGACCCACGUAAUACCACAAAUCGUUAUUUUUUAUAGCAGCUGUAGCUUCAUAUUUGCCACACAGACAUGAGAUCAAUCUUCUCAUCAACCACCCAGUGAGAAUGUGAAUGAGUGUAUUUCCCAAAAUGUCAAGUUAUUCGUUUAAAGCCAACGACUGACAAUCCAGUGCAUGUUCAUGGAAGCAUUUUUUUUUUUAUAUCAAGGGUGCUGUGAUGUACUGCAAGUUGACCCAAUAACAAAUAUCAGGGACUUUAAUGGUCAACAAAAAGAAAAAAAAAAAGUAAUAUGUUAAUAUGUUGUGUGCAAACUUCACUGAAUGAAUGAAUACCUUACAUGUACAAACUCGUACAAGCGUUUUCCACUAAAAACUGUCAUGAUCAUGGAAAAGUUUGAAAUCUGCAGCAUCCCAAUCAUCGUUGGUUCUGUGUAAGAAAACAAAUGACUAUUAUUGUGCUGAUAUUGAAUCACUGUACAGAGUUGUAUCAGUAGUGCAUAAUUCAUCAAUGGUGACUGCAUCAGAUUUGGUAAAAAUAAAUGUGUUUGGGAACAUUUCAAUUGUGAGUUUAAUGGGGUUCAGUGUGACGGUAAUGCACUCAGCUCACUGCUAUAAUAUUCAAAGCCUCAGCAGUUACACAAGCUGCUGGAAAACCACUUCAGCGUUUCCCCAUUUACCUUAAGUAUUAUUGGCUUGCUCACACUGGGAUCAAAUUUGUCAAGUUAUGUAAUGUGGAGGAGAAGGAGCCACAGCAACACCACUGGAUAACCCAGCAUGACAGGAUCUUCUGAGAGUGCACAGGUAAGAAAGCAGAGUGAGGUCUAGUAUGUUGUCUCAUCUCUACACUGAAACAUCUAAAAUAGCACUGUUUAAGCCGAAAGACACAGAGGAGACGAUCUCGAAACCUACUGACCCAAUUUGUAAUUUGAGGAGUGUGCGAGUUUGCAUUUUACAUUUACUCUGUUAGAGAGUGAUCUCCCAAUCUGAGAAGACAUUAGAGAGCAAGAUGAAAGGGGCGAGAGGCUGGCGGCUAACGUCAGCAGCGAUGUGAUAAGAGGCGUACUCAACCUCCAGAUGCACCAUGAAAUAAAUGAUCUGACACUUGCCUGCUCAUGUGACCCAAGUCCAAGAAUGAGAGACAUGAGAUGGUCAGAAAGAGCAGGAGAGAGAGAAAGAGACAAUAAAAGACAGAGAAUACAUCAUGGAUCCUCAUAUCAACUUAUAUGUCACUUACAUUUAUCUGAACAGCCUGAUUUGUAUUGGCAGACUCAUGAAUCAGUGCAUUAUAUCCUUACAUUAACAGUCAUUUGAGGGAUUAUGAGUCAUAUUCUGAGAGCAUUGUUCACUGUUCAAAGGCUUUUAUACACAGCUGCUGUGGCAGUAGACUGACUCACACAACAUGCAAAUUUUCUGUAGGACGAUAGCAACGUUCCAAGAUAUAUUUUGAUGUACACUGACUCCAUGCCUGACUGGGGAUUUGUCUCCAAAGCAUCAAAGUCCAUUUGUAGUUAUUGUCCUUUAUAUUUUGUUACUGUCUGUAAACUUGACAAGCAAUAAACAUGUUUUAAGCUGCAUAAUCUCACAAUACCAGCCAUUAAAAUUACAACAACAGUGAAGCAGCUACUGUGUUUGCAGAGUUGCUUCAUUUCCUUGUCGGCUAACCCUGGUGCCUAAUCACCAUUUCUGAAUAUAAAUGACAGAACAAUAAACAGUUUGAAGUUUCACCAUUUGUUUGCAUGCAAUCUGAUUCUACCCCAUCCACCAUCCACCUGUCAUACAUGUCACCAAGUCUAAGUUUAUAUCUUAACACUGGCUGAACUCAUCAAAUGCAACUGAAUAUCUGACGUCAGACUUUUCAACACUCUUGACCCACAUCUCCUACAUCUAAUGUGUGUAUAGUACUAAUUUGCAACAUGAUACAAUUUAAAACCACUGCAGGCAGCAUGUCAAUCAUGCUGCCCAGGUGCCCCUGCAUGUGUGUACUUGUGCACAAUGCAAACAAAAUAGGGACUAGCUUGUAAAACUUUGCUAAACAGCACUACUAGUGGUCCAAAAUUCCACAGGGUACUUUUAACAUAACCUAACUAUGUUAUGCAAAA